CUUUUCAAAUCAAUCUUCCAUGUUUUUUUGAAUUUAAUCAAAUCAGUCCUCCAUCUUUCAGAUUUAAUCAAGUUAGUCCCUUAACCUUAUAUUUUUGUUAUUGUGCAUGCAUGUCUUUGAUUUAGACCAUUUUAGUCCAAAAAAUUAAAAAAAUGUUUCAAUUUGGUUUAUUCUUUUUUAUUAAGUUUUCCUAUUAAGACUCAAACAUAAACAUGAUGAAUCAAUUGAAUCAAAACCCCCAAUGUUAAAGUAUGCAACCGUGUUUAAACGGAGGAUUGUGAGAUCCGUUUUAAGUGAUUUGUCCCACCUUAUAAUUUGGAUGAGUGGCGACUUCCUUUUUCUUAUAUAUUUCACACUUAAUUUUUUCAUUUAUUUUGAAAAAAAUCUUAAGUGGUCGUCAACAAUUAUCUUUAUGACCUUGGUAUUACUUAGAAUCAUACCUACUCCCUUUGUAAGGCUAAGUGGGAAUCUAUUGAUCAUCUAUUUCACUAUUGUCCUAUGACCAAUUGUGUCUUGGAGCAUUUCCUCUCGAAUAUUACCUUAAAUGUUUAGAUUAGGAGCCCAUUUCUUGAGUGGUUGCAAUCUCAGUGCUGUAAUCUUACUUCUAGUUCCUUGUUUAAUAUUCCAUGGGCAUGUACUUUUGCCUUCUUGAUCUGGGCUAUUUGGAACCAUAGGAAUCAUAUUAUGUAUAGAUAUGAACCUUUGGAUAAACAACGCAUGCAUCACUAUAUUGUUAACAGAGUUGUGUAGUUUUGGUCCUCUUUUAAUCACUUGGCAGUCAGCUAUACUAGAACCCCACGUCUUAUUGGUUGCAGUCCUCCACAUCCAAAUUGGAUCAAGAUCAACAUGGAUAGCUCUGUUAUGGGCAACCCAAUACCUGUUGGUUGUGGAGGACUUCUUCGUGACUCACAAGGGCAGUGGAUAAUGGGAUUUUUUUAGAAAUAUUAGAUAUACUAUUGCCCUUGCUACUAAGCUCUAGGCCAUCAGAGAUGGCUUUUCUAUUGCUGUUAAUCUUCAACUCCAGGACAUUAUUAUUGAAUCUGACUGUCAGAUUGCCAUUGAGUUAUUGUCUGAUGAUGUGAAUAUUUUUCAUCGCCACGGUAAUCUCAUCAUGGAUUGCAGGGCCCUUAUGAGCAACAUUCCUCAAGUGGAGCUCCAAAACAGUCUUCGACAGUGUAAUAUAGCUGCAGAUGUUUUUGCUUAGAAGGGUGUUCAUUCCUCUUCUACAUUUGAACUUUUGUAUGACUGCCCUUCUGAUAUGGGCUUACUAUGUUUGGCUGAUAUUGUAGGGGUUUGCUACCUCAAAACCUAGUUUAU